GCUGUUACCAAAAUAUGAUUUCUGCAAAUUAGAGGCUCGAAUGCUGCACAGUGAGAACGAGGGCAAGUUAAGCGCUCUCUUUACCUAUUGGCAGUUAUUCCGACUACGCUGUCUUAUUGGACAGAUUUGCGUGCAGCACUGAAUCCCCACCGAUGGCUAUAAAUACCUAUUUUGAACGAACAUUCACCAUUCUUUGAUCAACUGUCGUAUCAAAAGAAAUCGUACAAGAUGUCUGGACGUGGUAAAGGAGGAAAGGCAAGAGCAAAGGGGAAGAGCAGAUCAUCCCGUGCUGGACUUCAGUUCCCAGUGGGCAGAAUCCACCGUCUGCUCCGCAAGGGUAACUACGCCCAGCGUGUUGGAGCCGGUGCCCCAGUGUACCUGGCUGCCGUCCUCGAGUAUCUGGCCGCUGAGGUCCUCGAGUUGGCGGGAAAUGCUGCCCGUGACAACAAGAAAUCCAGAAUUGUCCCCCGUCACCUGCAGUUGGCUGUCCGCAACGAUGAGGAGUUGAACAAAUUGCUGGGAGGUGUCACCAUUGCCCAGGGUGGUGUUCUGCCAAACAUCCAGGCUGUCCUUCUGCCCAAGAAGAGCAAGGCAGCUGCCAAGUAAAUCACUUCUAGUUUACACCUCAAAACGGCCCUUUUCAGGGCCACUCACAAAUUCCU